AUGGCACUGUUGGUAGAGUUCAGUUUCCUUGCAGCACUGUUUGGUGUUUCAUCGGGAGCUUACUGUGAUAUCCCUCCCUCGACGCAAAUAUUUAUGGCUGCGGAAAACCGGGCACUUGUGGCGUCUUCAUACCGUAAGCAAAGCGUCAGUUCUCGCUUCCACUGUGUUCGUAACUGCCAUGCUGAUUAUCCUGACUGUAAAUCGGUAAAUUAUGAUGAAAUUCAUCACCUUUGUGAGCUGAAUAAUGCCACUAUUGCCCAGUUUCCUGAUAACUUAAUUACACACUUUGGUAGUGUGUACUACGAUGGCAAUAUGGACACAACUCUCCUGUCCCAUACACACCCUGAUACAACCGUCUCCUCUAUGCCUCGUUACAGCAGCUGCCAGGAGCUUCUUGAGGCGGGUCAGAACGUCAGUGGUGUCUUUACAAUAUUUCCUGCCCGGUUUGCUGAUGGUUUGCAAGUGUACUGCGACAUGGAGACUGAUGGCGGAGGCUGGAUCGUCAUUCAGAGGCGUCAAGACGGCAGUGUUGACUUUUAUCGCGACUGGGCCGACUAUCGUGACGGGUUUGGUAAUCUUAGUGGUGAAUUUUGGCUUGGUAAUGAUAACCUACGCAACCUGACCGAGUAUGGAGGAACGUGGCAGAUUCGUGUUGAUAUGACUGACUGGAACUUUAAUGACGCUUGGUUCGAGUAUGGUGAGUUCCGUGUUACAGGGGAUCAGUAUCAGCUCAAUGUUGGAUCGUAUAACAAUGAGAGUACAACAGGAAACGUCUUGGAACAGACGUACGACGGCGGACGCUAUUCACACAAUGGAAUGCUGUUUACUACCAAAGACAACGACAAUGACCGCCGUACACAACCUGAUGAAAGAUAUGGCAAUGAGCUGAAUUGUGGGAUAUACCGGCGUGGAGCCCUGUUCAUUUUCCCCCUCAUUUCUAUGUUUGCCGUUCCCCAGUCCCCCGUUCCACAGACGUACCACUUUGUGCCCCUACCUCCUUUCCCCGUUGAAAAUCUAACCCGUGCCUCCUUCCCGUCAUCCCGCCCGUGA